GGUUUCAUUUCUUUAUUAUUACUACUACUUCUAGUCGUCUUCUUUCUUUCUUUUUCUUUCACCGUGUUUUCGUCGGCAACUGCAAACUAUCCAUAAAUUUUCAACACUUUUUAUAUUCACCAAGAAAAAAAAAAGUUCCUUUUUUGAUCAUUUGUAUUCGGUUUGUGAGGGGUUUGAGUUUCAGAGCUAACUAUCGAUGACUGGAUAAGUAGAGUUGAAGUGGUAGUGGUUUGUAUUAGAUUAAAUAUGUUGGACGGACCGAAGUUUCCUGGUAUGAUGGGUGUAAAUAACGGGAAUGAUAACUUUGUUGAUCUGUCACAAGUGUUUUACCAUAAGCUUGGCGAGGGGUCAAACAUGUCGAUCGACAGUUUCAAUAGUUUGCAAAUGAGCAAUGGUGGUGGGUCUGUUGCAAUGUCAGUCGACAAUAGUAGUGUUGGGUCAAAUGAUUCACAUACUCGAAUCUUAAACCAUCAAGGUUUAAAACGUGUAAAAAAUAAUUAUAUUGAUGCUCACAGUGUGAAUAGAGGACGAGUCUCUCAGGGGUUGAGUGAUGAUGCGCUGGCUCGAGCUCUAUUAGAUGCUCGUUUUCCAACAGAAGGGCUAGAAAAUUUUGAUGAGUGGACCAUUGAUUUGAGGAAACUUAGCAUGGGACCCGCUUUUGCACAAGGUGCAUUUGGGAAGCUGUAUAAAGGUACUUAUAAUGGCGAGGAUGUUGCUAUUAAGCUUUUGGAAAAACCAGAAAACGACUUAGAGAGGGCACAACUUAUGGAGCAGCAAUUUCAGCAGGAGGUUAUGAUGCUUGCAAGACUGAAGCAUCCGAAUAUAGUUCGCUUCAUUGGUGCGUGCCGUAAGCCCAUGGUGUGGUGCAUUAUUACAGAAUAUGCUAAAGGAGGUUCUGUGAGGCAGUUUUUGACCAAGAGGCAGAACAGAUCAGUGCCAUUGAAGUUGGCGGUUAAGCAGGCUCUCGAUGUUGCUAGGGGAAUGGCAUAUGUGCAUGGACUUGGACUGAUUCAUAGGGACCUGAAGUCAGAUAACCUUUUGAUAUCAGCUGACAAAUCAAUUAAGAUUGCUGAUUUUGGGGUUGCUAGAAUUGAGGUUCAGACCGAAGGAAUGACACCUGAGACUGGGACCUACCGUUGGAUGGCUCCGGAGAUGAUCCAGCAUAGGCCCUACACACAAAAGGUAGAUGUAUAUAGUUUCGGGAUUGUCCUGUGGGAACUCAUAACUGGAAUGCUUCCAUUCCAGAACAUGACAGCUGUGCAAGCUGCAUUUGCUGUCGUCAAUAAAAGUGUCCGUCCCACCAUCCCACAUGACUGCCUGCCAGUUCUUGGUGAAAUAAUGACACGUUGCUGGGACGGAAACUCAGAUGUGAGACCACCAUUCACUGAGGUGGUCAGAAUGCUUGAACAUGCAGAGACCGAGAUCCUGACCAAUGUCCGCAAGGCUCGGUUCAGGUGCUGCAUGAGUCAACCGAUGACUACUGAUUAAAGUGUGUCAAAGAACAAGACAGUAAAGAAAUGGAAAGUUGAAAAGAAAAGAGAAACAAAAGCUGCCAAACCAUGUGUAUCUAUGACGGUAAUUUCUUUCUUAAAAUAGGGUGAAAAGAGGAAGAAAAUUAUUAUAUGAUAUGAACUACUCGUUUUGUUGGAAAUUUUUUUCUUUAAUUUUUAUGGAUUGUGUUGCUGAAUUAGUAGUUAUGGAGGAGAUUUGAUGUAUUUAUAUACAUGAUCAUCUAAAUCUUUCUUUUCUA